AUGAGGAUCAUUGACCCCCAAACCGCCGUUUUGACCAAUGUCGAGGUCCUGGCGUACCUCACGUCCAAUCCGCCCCGCCGAUCACCGAACCCUCCGCCAAAUUCGAAGAACUGGGUUCCAAGUCCUGAUCUUAGAGACCAUAAUACAGUUGUCAAAGAAAUUCACAACUAUGCAAGCCGUCUCUCUCCCCACCUCCUACGAUACCCCCGUUACACAGCUCGCCCCUCCUCGUCUCAAUCGAUAUCACAAUCGCAAGCCGCAAUGACCGGCACGCUGCGAACCACAAGUACUACAGAUACAGAGCCAAAUGCCUCUGCUUCCCCGUCCCCGAGCUUAUCCACAGAACUGACUCCAAUGGACGUUGCUCUCCGAGACCUGAUCGUCAAGCUAAAGCCGUACAAGCUGACGAAAGCCGAGGUUGUUAUGCUCCUCAAUCUCGGAGUGGGAAUCUGCAGCGAGUCUAGUGCUGAUGCCGGCGAUGGGGCAAAUGGACACGAUGAAAUGGAAGUUGAUGGAGAAGGGGAGGGUGCUGGUGAAGAGGGCGAGACCGAUUACACUGCGGUGGUGCUGAUGGACGCUGUCGUCGAAGAGCGGGAGCUCAGACUGAGCGACGAAGACGUGGCCGCUAUUCUCGCCAUCAUCAAGGAAACCCUCACAGCAGAUUACGAGAACGUUAAAGGGUGA